AUGAUGUCUUUGAAGUUUCUCCUCAUUUUCAGUGAGUGCUAUACUUGUAUUUCUGAGAAGUUCUCGUUAGUUGACAACUUUGGAGAAGAAGUAGAAAGUCAUGCUUCUCUCUCAUUCUUUUCGGGAGUUUUGGGUGAAAAGUUCAAUCAUACGUUUACGUGGAACUUACGGCGUUCCCAGGAGGCUCGAGAAGGUCGUAGUCUUUUGGAAAGCUUUGAUGAGUUCUUCGCCUCUCAUUUCCUGGUUGGCGCCAACUUGAGUUUUUGCAGAAUGCCAAGAUGGCAAGAACCAUACACUUCACUUUGUUUUUUUCCAAGGAACGCAGAUUUCAAAGCGAUUUUCAGCGGCGCUAACUUUGUCGAGUGCCGCGGUGCCGACGCAGAUCAAGCUGGUGCACGACUUGCUCGACAACUACGACCGGAAAGCGAAGCCGAUGUGGGACAACGCGAAACCCAUCAACGUCUCCUUCUCUAUGGACCUCUAUCAAAUAUUAGAAUUGGUAUGGGCCAGAAGAAUGUUCUUUUAUUCAAGGAAGUUUCAGAACGAACCACAGCAAUACAUACUUCUCAACGCUUGGAUUAUUGAGGUUCAAUUUUCGGGUUUCCUUUUGUUUUUGAUUAGAAGUUUCGUAGCGCUGGUACGACGAGUUCUUGUACUGGAACCCUAACGACUACGAGAAUAUCAGCGAGUUGCGACUUCCCCAUGACUCGAUCUGGCUGCCGGACACCACACUCUACAACUCGUUUCGCUCUUUUCGGAUAAGCAUCUCAGAAAUAUUUUCUAGACUUGUGAUGAAGGACGACGACACGCGACGUCUUCUGAACGCCAAGCUGACGACUGACGGACAGCGUCGAGCAGCCUACAUAGAGCUCCUUUACCCGACCAUCUACAAGUUCUCCUGUCUUCUUGACCUCCGUUAUUUCCCGUUUGAUGUUCAGGUUUUUCAUCCCUUUUGAAAAUAUACUUCAAAAUUUCUUCAGGUGUGCACGAUGACCUUUUCCUCUUGGACCUAUGACCAAAAAGGUAUCGACUACUUUCCUUACUCGGAUCACAUCGGCACCAGCAAUUACUUGGAAAACGAAGGAUGGUAUAUUCUGCGCACGAAGAGUCAGUUAUACAGUAUAUUAUACAGUUUAUGAGAACUGUAAAUCAGAAGAAGGGUAGAUUUUUUUCCGUAGAUUCAUUGAACUUUUGCCAAGAAAUUUCUUAGAAAGUAGAUAAAGGUUUUCAUUUUUUGAGAAAGAGAGCUCAAAUAUUUUGCAACAUCCAACCUAAAAACCAUUUUUUUAAAAUUUCGGCUGGUAUUGAAGAUUUUUAGAAGAACUUAAAAAAAUUUCGAUAUUUUUUUAUUAUCGCCUCAAAUGAGCCAAUUCUGAGCCGACAUUACGAAAAAUCAAAAAUACAAGGAAAACUUUUUUGUUAGCAAACUUUGAGUAAUUUUUCUUUUUUUUUUGUUCGAAAAAAUCCAGCAGUGUUUAGAGUGUAAAUUGACGGAAAUCGCAAAAUAAUUCCUUUCUAAACUAGGGUUUACAAUAAAAUGAAGGUUUUGUAGCAGAAUAUCCUAAAACGUGCAUUUUUUAUUUCAUCAUUUUACUUUUCUCGCAACUUUUGAUUUGAAAAAAGUCUAAUGAAAAAAAGUUAUGGCAGCCACUCAUACCAAAAGAUUUUUUUGUGGUUUUUUCCACAGUCAUUUUUCCUAACUCGAAAUUCCAGUCACACGCAACGAAGUGAAGUACGCCUGUUGCCCAAACAAGUACACGUUACUGCAGCUAACGUUGUUUUUGAGGUUUCAGUAUUAUCUUUUCUCCUCACUUUCCCUUUUUCAGGAGGAAACCGCUGUUCUACCUCGUCAACCUGAUUAUUCCCACAUCCAUCAUCACUCUCAUUGCAAUUGUCGGUUUCUUCACGUUAGUGGUUUUUUCUUAUUACUCUUGCUCAAGUCAAAGUCUUUCCGAUGUAAUAUCUUCAUCGGGUUACACAGCUUUUUUUUUCGAUUUGUGAAAACAACCAGUUGAAUGGCCGCAUUAACUUUUAGGACUUCCUCUGCUUCCGGCAUGCGAGAGGAAAAAGUUUCGCUCGGGAUCACUACUUUGUUGUCGAUGUCCAUUUUGAUGCUCAUGGUCUCGGACCAGAUGCCUACCACUUCAACCUUCAUCCCUCUGAUCGGCAAGGAUCGAUCUUCAGCAAUAUUAAGAGCGAACAUUUCAGGAUGGUUCAUUCUGGCAAUGAUAGUGGUAAUUUCAAUGGGAACUGUAGUCUCCUCCGUCAUCAUAGCCAUCCAAAAACGGGGCAGCAUCGGAGAGAGAAUGUCCAAAAGAUCACUUAAGUAUGGGGAAUAUAGUCUGAUAGAAAGAGACUACACGGUUGCAGACUUGCCAAGUUCCUCGCCUGCUUCACGUGUACUUCGCUCCCUCCGCACAUCGAAAAGGAGCACAUGAUGGUGACUUGGUCCGGAGAAGGCAACUAUCUUUCUUGCAGGAAGCCUUCGACGCGCCGACGCCCACCGUCGAAGUGAGGCCGCUCUCCAACGACAGCGUUCGCAACAAGUGGAUCAAUGGAGCGAAGAAGGCCCGAAACAACGGCCUCGCGUUGGUUUCCGACAAAAGCACAGAUCCCCUCAUCCAUUUGUCGCCGUCCACGACUCAAGGUAAGGGGCUCCGCGAACUUUUAGUUUUCUUGAUACAAUUCACAUGAAGACUUUUUUUCGUAGAAACUUGAACCAUGAUUGGCUGCAACCGUUUUCAAACCUUCAUCUUUUUCCUCUGCCUCAAGCUUGGAAAAAGAGAAUUAUAGUCAAUUUAGUCUAUAAAAACGUGGUAUGCCCUGUUCAAAGGGAUUUCGCAAAAUGCAAAAUAGCCUUCAGAGAAAUAAAAAUAUAACUAAAAUUUGGAAAGUCAGGGACCAUUUUGCAUUUCGCGGAAAUUAAUUUGAACACGACAGGAACCUCAUCUUUCAGCAAACUGCUUCGCUGUAGUCAUAAACAUCGAAUAUAAAAUUGAUCCAGUGUUUAAUGAACUAUAAACUUUUCUCAAAAGUGUUUCUCAAGUAAUUGAGCACAAGUGUGGAAAUCAUUCUUACUCAAUAACCUGAAGCCAAAAAAUGUAAUGAGGUGAAAUGUUUAUUUUUCGCUCACAGAAAGAUUUGUGGCGUGGAUAUCCACGUUCUAUACAUCCAUGGAUGUAUAGAACCAUGAAAGUUAUAAAGAAAAAACAUUUUGAAAAAAAAACGCAUCAUUUUAAUUGUCAACUUGAAUAAAAUAGCUUUUUAAAGCAAUUUUUUAAUCUUUUCGCCGCUGAAUCAAUUAUUUUUCAAAUUGCCAUUUGGGAAAAAUCCUCAACUAAACUAACAUCAAAUGUAGUGUGUUUACCAUUUGUUCACGAUUGAAUACCUCUACUAACGACUGGAACCUGUUGAAGAAGACUCUCUGUCGCCGUCGGCACCAGUGGCGUCCGCAGGAUCGCCGGUGGGGACGACGCCGGCGCCGCUCACCGUCAACGACGACUCCGUGUCGAUGAUCUCGAACGUGUCGAGCCGACCCGCCACCAUCAGAACCCAGAGAUUUGCGGGCAAGGGCAAGCACUGCACAAACGCUUUCCUGGCCAUGCAGAGUCAGUUCACGCGCCCGAUCUCUUGCACUUCUUUCAUAGGCCAACCAUUUAAGAUUGCGUCUGGCGAAUCUCGAUCUUCUGAUGAAUCCUUAAGUGAAAAGAAUUUUCCAAUUUAUUGCCUUAAAGCACUCUAAACUGCUUUCUUUUUUGUUUGAAUUGUGUGCUCCUUGCUUUUUUUGGUUUGGGUGAGACGCUCUUUCAUAACCUUGAAUUAAUUAACGGCAUAACAACUUUGAAAACCUAACCAUUGUCUUACUAACGUCUGUUUUGUUUUUUUUUUUGGUUGAGACAUUUUUAUUUGAAUAUUUUUAUUAUUUUCAGGCUCGCUCAAGGCCAAUAAACAGCUGGCUUUGGCCGAAUUCGAGUGGCUGGCGACGGUCGUCGAACGUCUUUGCUUUGUCAUUUUUGUUGUCAUUUUCUUCAUCAUCACCAUUGGAAUCAACUGUAUCGGAUUCUUUCACUGGGUCCAAGCCGGAAUCGAGUUUGGAGCUUCUUAAACCUUCUAGAGGUUUUGUUUCUGUCUGUUGCAAGAUAUUAACUUUCUAUUAAGGCCGAGUUGAAAAAAUGGGAGAAGCCCUAA